AUUCUGUGCCAUUUCAUGAUGUCUCAUCGAAUCAUCAAGAAUUGAUGUGAGUGAGCCUCCUCCUGCUCCUUUCUCGUGAUCUACACAUGAUGCACCACAGUGUGCAGCGUCACCUGCUCGGUUCAGGUCAAAAGUCUCAAAAGUAGGAGCAUCUAAAAUCGCUUGAGCUAGCAUCAUCGCUUGAGCUAAGUUAUUUGUUCUUUUAUUUAAGUUCCUAACUCACCGCAUAUUUCACACACAUGCUUUCCAAGCUAAUAAACAAUAUGAGAUGUGUUCGGUAGCCAUUUCUGUGGCAACCCUACAGACGCGAUGCAUAUUAUGCGCAGCCGCAGCCCUGUCAGCUGAACAAGCCCAUGUUUUUUUUUAAAAAAAGGUUAUAUACGAAAAUUGCUUUAAAAAUCAUAUUUUUUAAAAAAACAAAGUCUGAUGAUUUUUGUAGAUAAAGGUUUAAGUGGUUUUAGCGUGAAAUUUAGUGAUUUAGAGGGCCGGCCAAGAGAGCUCAACAAUCCAGAACAUACCAAUAUCAACAACAAAUAAAACGGACGGCUGUGAUUGAGUUUGGUGGAGUGCUAGGCGACAGAAACGGCCAAGGUCAUGGAGGGAAGACAUCGGGUCCCACCUGACAUGGGGUGGGCCCCACUUGUCAGUCCUGGGACGCUAUAAAAUGCAGUACACCCACAGGAGACAGCCUCCCUUCGAGUACACUAACCUCUCGGCUUCUUCCGCCAUGGCGACCACGCCCUUCUUCCUAUGGGCCACGAACGCCACCUCCUCCUCCUCCUCCUCGGCCGCCGCCGCCGCCGUCUCUGACCACGACGUCGGAGGUCUCCGCGCUGAGGAGGAGACAGCGGCGGCGGAGGCGACGCAGCUCUCGCCGGAGCUCGCGGCGGCCGUGGCGAGGCCGAGGCUGCGGCGGCAGGCUUCUUCCUCCUCACCGGCGAAGCAGCAGCAGCAGCAGGUGGGGGGAGGAGGGAGCAAGAGGGCGCCGCAGCGUGGCCUCGGCGUGGCGGAGCUCGAGCGCCUCCGCUGCGGCGGGGACCCGUUCCGCGACCUCAACGCCGCCGUGGCCGCCAUGGGGGACGCCGCCGCCGCCAUCCACCGCCACCACCACCACCUGCCUCUCCCCGCCCUCGACGCCGACGUCGCCGGCGGGGGCGGCCACUACGCGCCGCUGCUGGUCCGCCCGGCACUUCCUCCCCUUCCUCCGCCACCGGCGGCUGCUCCCUUCUGCCACCUCCACUCGUCCUCGUCGGCCGCCGCCGGCCACAACGUGGCGCCGCCGGAGCUGCAAUUCUUGAGGGAUCGGUGCAUGGGUGGCUUCGCCGGCGCCGGCCAGCUGCUGCCGCUCGCGCCAGAGCACCCUUCAAGCCAAAGCAACACCAUCUGGCGCCCGGCGUCUUCUUCUUCCUCCUCCUCCUGCCUCCCAGCCACCCACCGCUGCGACCUCUGCUCCAAGACAAUGGUGAUGGCCUUGGCGGAGAGAGGAGGAGCACGAGGCGCCGCCACCACCACCACCAACACGCCGGACUACUCCAUCUACGAUCUCGCCGCCGCCAUGGCCACCGCUCGCAAGGAGAAGGGGCAUGGGGUGUUCUUGGGUAGGGAGAGGAAGAACGACGAGGCGGCGGCGGCGGCGGAGAAGGAGGUGAGGGAGAUCGAGUUCUUCCCGACGAGCACCACCCACGCCGACGAGUCGGAGUUCGCCGCGGCGCCGUUCUCCUCGUCGGCCGGUGGUGGCUGCGGCGCCGUGCCAUUGGACUUGUCCCUGAGGCUGUAGCCAUCAAUGGCGUGCGCGUGCGUACGUAGGGUUUUAGAUUCUUCUCCUAGUUCGAUCAAUCAGGUUAUAAAUGCUUAAUUUUCGCAGCCAGAGAUGGAUGAAAUUAAACACUAUGAUGCCUCUC